GCGGCCGAGUAAACAAGCCGCGCCGCCGCGGCCGGCCGCUGCCCCCGCCCCGCGGAGCCGAGCGCAGGCCGAGCCCUCGCUGCUCGCCGGCCGGGCCAGGCCGAGGCCGCCGCCGCCUGCGCGGGGACGCCGCUCCGGGCGCGGGGAGCGCGCCUCCAGGCCCGCGGCAGCUCGGCCAGGCCCGCGCCCGCACCCGCGCCCGCGCCGCCCGGAAAAGUUUCCCCGCCCGGGCUCAGGGGUGAAGUAUUUCCUGCUUGCGCUUCCACCGAGCAUCUGACUUGUUUUAGAGAGAAUUAAUGCUGUGGCUGUAAAAAGAAAGAGAAAAGUUGGAGAGUUUUUGGCCUGGUGUUUUUCCCAGCAAGGAAACUGAGGCCCAGAGUGGACUGAGACUGGCCUGAGACCACUGGAGCCGCGGGGGUUGGACGCGGGCCUGCGGGAACCCUGGCGCCCCGGGUCUCUGCUGGGAAGGGAGCCCGAGCUCGCCUCCUGGGCAGGCUCCAGUGUGGGUGUCUGGAGGGCCACCCCAGCCCCGCCACCGCCUGUCCUAGUCCCAGCUCCAGUCCCGCCUGAGAGCUGGGACUCAGAGGUCUGCAGGGCUGGAACCUCGGCAGAAGCAGAGGCAGCCCCCACCCACCAGGGACCUAGGACAGGCGGCCUGGAGUGCCGCAGCCAGCAACCACCAGUGCCAGCCCCGCCUGGCCCGGACCCAUGCCCCCUCCAGCCAGCCCUGGGCCACGGACAGUGAGCAGGCACUCGGGGGCCCUGUGAGCAGGCCAAGGAGACGAAGGCUCCGGGGGUCCCGGCCACCUGCGCCCCCCAUGGAGCGGAGGCCCUGGGUGCUCUGGGUGGUAGCAGCAGCAGGAGCCCUGGUCCUGCUGGCGGCCGACGCCUGCGGCCAGAGUGUCUUCACCAACACCUGGGCUGUGCACGUCUCUGGGGGCCCAGCCGUGGCAGACAGCGUGGCCCGCAAGCAUGGCUUCCUCAACCUGGGCCAGAUCUUUGGUGACUAUUAUCACUUCUGGCACCGAGCAGUGACAAAGCGGUCCCUGUCACCUCACCGCCUGCGGCACAGUCGACUGCAGAGGGAGCCUCAAGUACAGUGGCUGGAGCAGCAAGUGACGAAGCGCCGGAUCAAACGGGACGUGUUCCAGGAGCCCACAGACCCCAAGUUCCCCCAGCAGUGGUACUUGUCUGGCGUCGCCCAGCGGGACCUGAAUGUGAAGGAGGCCUGGGCUCAGGGCUUCACGGGCCGAGGCAUCGUGGUCUCCAUCCUGGACGACGGCAUCGAGAAGAACCACCCAGACUUGGCAGGCAAUUAUGACCCCGGGGCCAGCUUCGACGUCAACGAUCAGGACCCAGACCCUCAGCCCCGGUACACGCAGAUGAAUGACAACAGGCAUGGCACUCGAUGUGCGGGGGAAGUGGCCGCCGUGGCCAAUAAUGGAGUCUGCGGCGUGGGUGUGGCCUACAACGCCCGCAUCGGAGGGGUGCGCAUGCUGGACGGCGAAGUUACAGAUGCGGUAGAGGCUCGCUCGCUGGGCCUGAACCCCAACCACAUCCACAUCUACAGCGCCAGCUGGGGCCCCGAGGAUGACGGCAAGACAGUGGAUGGGCCUGCCCGCCUGGCCGAGGAGGCCUUCUUCCGGGGGGUCAGCCAGGGCCGAGGGGGCCUGGGCUCCAUCUUUGUCUGGGCCUCGGGGAACGGGGGCCGGGAACACGACAGCUGCAACUGUGAUGGCUACACCAACAGCAUCUACACGCUGUCCAUCAGCAGCGCCACCCAGCUCGGCAACGUGCCCUGGUACAGCGAGGCCUGCUCCUCCACCCUGGCCACCACCUACAGCAGCGGCAACCAGAACGAGAAGCAGAUUGUGACCACGGACCUGCGGCAGAAGUGCACAGAGUCCCACACGGGCACCUCCGCCUCCGCCCCCCUGGCUGCCGGUAUCAUCGCGCUCACCCUGGAGGCCAACAAGAACCUCACCUGGCGGGACAUGCAGCACCUAGUGGUGCAGACCUCCAAGCCGGCCCACCUCAAUGCCAACGACUGGAGCACCAACGGCGUGGGCCGCAAAGUGAGCCACUCCUACGGCUAUGGGCUGCUGGAUGCGGGCGCCAUGGUGGCCCUGGCCCAGAACUGGACAACGGUGGCCCCCCAGCGGAAGUGUGUCAUCGACAUCCUCACAGAACCCAAGGACAUCGGGAAGCGGCUGGAGGUGCGGAAGCCAGUGAGCGCCUGCCUGGGGGAGCCCAACCACAUCGUGAGGCUGGAGCACGCGCAGGCGCGGCUCACCCUGUCCUACAAUCGCCGGGGCGACCUGGCCAUCCACCUGGUCAGCCCCAUGGGCACCCGCUCCACCCUGCUGGCUGCCAGGCCUCACGACUACUCCGCGGACGGCUUCAAUGACUGGGCCUUCAUGACCACCCACUCCUGGGAUGAGGACCCCUCCGGCGAGUGGGUCCUGGAGAUCGAGAACACCAGCGAGGCCAACAACUACGGGACACUGACCAAGUUCACCCUUGUGCUGUAUGGCACGGCACCGGAGGGUCUGCCCACCGCCCCAGAGAGCGUUGGCUGCAAGACCCUCACGUCCAGCCAAGCCUGUGUGGUGUGCGAGGAAGGCUUCUCCCUGCACCAGAAGAGCUGUGUCCAGCACUGCCCCCCUGGAACGACCCCCCAGGUCCUCAUGACGCACUACAGCACAGAGAAUGACGUGGAGCCCAUCCGGGCCAGCGUCUGUGUCCCCUGCCAUGCCUCCUGUGCCACCUGCCGGGGCCCGGCCCCCACAGACUGCCUCAGCUGCCCCAGUCACGCCUCCCUGGACCCUGUGGGGCAGACCUGCUCCCGGCAGAGCCAGAGCAGCCGUGAGUCCCCGCCGAGGCCUCCCCUGCCACCUGGGCCUCCUGCCGAGCCAGCGGCCGAGCCCAGGGAGCGGGCAGAGCUGCUGCCUUCACACCUGCCCGAGGUGGUGGCCGGCCUGAGCUGUGCCCUCAUCGUGCUGGUCUUCGCCACCAUCUUCCUGGUCCUGCAGCUGCGCUCUGGCUUCAGCUUCCGGGGCGUGAAGGUGCACACCAUGGACCGCGGCCUCAUUUCUUAUAAGGGGCUGCCGCCCGAGGCCUGGCAGGAGGAGUGCCCAUCGGAGUCAGACGAGGAUGAGGGCCGAGGCGAGAGGACCGCUUUCAUCAGAGACCAGAGCGCCCUCUGACACCUGCUGACGCCCUACGGCCCACCCCUCCUGGGCACUUUUUUAAUUCACCAAAGUAUUUUUCUAUCUCGGGACUGGGUUUGGAUCCUGGUGGGGGAGGCAGGAGAGGCCAGUGCUACCUCCUGGUACUGCCUCCCUCACACACGGGGUUCCCCAGCUGCCUGAGGUGGGUCCCAGGACCAGCCGGGGCAGGGGCCUCACCCCCCCCACACACCCCGUGGGGAGGAAGGAGUGGAGCCCAGGGUUGGGCCCUGCUUCGUGAGAAGGGAUGUGGCCCUUCUCCUGGGCACCCCUGCUGAGCCCCCUCGUCCCUCUGAAGCAAUAAUGGCCCCACCGGGCAGCAGGGAGGCCGACCAGGGGCCGUUGGAGAAGGAGGAGGCUGCCUCUCCAAGGGCUUCUGCAUCCCAGUCUGGCCCCACCCACGGGUCCCCCUCUCAGCGAGCCUCGUGGAAGUGGUGGGCUGCCAUGAAGAAGGGACCAAGGCGAGGCGGUGCAUACCCUCUGCCCACCUGUGCCCUGUUUCUGAGCCCGGGGCUGCCCGGGCUGUUGGCACACAGUCCUGGAGCCCCUGGGUGGAUGGUGGGGAGGGACGGUGGCCCCCCGCUCCUCCCCCCCCCACCCUAUGCUGCUUUCCCCUGUGGGGACCUCAGGGGCUGUUUGAGGAUAUAUUUUCACUCUGUGACGAUUUCACUUUAGAUGCUGAUUUUUUUUUUUUUUUUUGUAUUUUUAAUGGGGGUAGCAGUUGCCCAUCCACCUCCCCAUGCCCACCGUUCACCCUGCUGCUAGGCCCCUGGCCACAGCCAGAUGCCGGGGAACAGAGCAGCUGGACCCCAAGUGCUGGAGGGGCAGGCGGGCCCCGGGCAAGGGCUGCUGGGAGGGGCAGGCCUGCAGUGCCUCUGCAGGACUCAUCCUAACAAGGGCCAGGGUGGGUGGGCGGGUGGGCGGGCGGGCAGUGGCCCGAGCCCAUCACUGUGCCCUGGCGGGAACACUGGCCUGGCCUUUCCCAAAGUCCCCUCUUCUGACGUGCCUUUUGCACCCCUCCCACUAGGACAAUCAGUCCCCUCCCAGCUGGGAGCCCCCCUUUUCUUUCUCCUGGCCCUUCCCGAUCCCCAGCCACAUGCCCAGGGGUGCCCCCCGCCCGCCCCCAACCCCGCGUGGCCAGCCCAGUGCGUUUUGUAAGAUGCUGGGCUGGUGCACAGUGACUUUUCUUUUUGUUUCUUGUAAUUUAAACAGGCCCAGCAUUGUUGGUUCUAUUUAAUGGACAUGAAAUGAUGUUAGAGAUUUUAAAGUGAUUAAACGUGCUGACUAUGCAAACCAG